AUGAAUUCAUCAGCAUCCAACAAUCUCGAUGUGCAUAACGCGGGUGAAAGUUAUCGAUUGGCAUUUGGAAUGUCGGGAUCGGUGAUUAAUGCUGGAGGGAGUAAUUAUAAUGUGCUUGGGAAAGCAUUAGAAACAACUUCAGGAACCAUUAAGACGGAAAAUGUUGAACGUUAUUUUACGCAUUCUGCAAAAUUUAACAUGGAAAAAUCCAAGGAAAAGAUGACACAAGCAAAAAAGAAACCGUGCUUGAAAUCCUGUAUUUUAACCACUCGGUUUCCCUCGGAAGAAACAUCAGAGCCGCUUCCAUUAACUGUUCACGAUGUAUACAAAACAAAAACUAUACCUACUCAAUCACCACAAAACUCGGUCAUACCUCCAGAUGUAAUGGUUACAUCUGGGAAAGCAUGGGUCUCAUUUUUGCCAUCACCCACGGAUUCAGUAGACCCACAGAUGCCUGAACCUAAUUCGAUUCAUAAGCAGUGGCCAAUUGGACAACUUGAUAAACUAGAUUGUGCUGAAAGUAGUAAGCAAUUUUAUGUUGAUGAUGUGAUUGAUCCGGGAAGAAAAAAUAUUGGUCACAGUGCAAAUGGUAUUUUUAAAAACUCGCCAGUGGUGGGGAAUAGUCUGGGGAAAAAUGACAUGGCUGAAUUUAACGAUGGAUCAACUAAGGCGACGAGAGACAAAGCAAACGACAAAACCAUCACUUCGAUGAGAACUGCUAGAAAAACCAUGGUUCAAGAAAGCAAAAAAUCCAUGAUUCGCAUAUGCGGAUCUUUGGUUAAAAAUGACGAAAUCAUUCCAUCAAUAAUUACACGAUCUGCUCAGAUAUCAUCGAAUUUUAAAAAUGCCUUUAGAGAAAUAAAACCAACCUGUUGUUCUUCCGACGAGGACGAACCAGUACCCAGAAAGUUGUAUAGAACAACACAAAAACAUAAAGGAUCUGGUUGUUAUACAACGAAUUCUACCUCGGACGAACAGUCUGACAAUGAUGAACUUACUACUAGAGGAACUGUGGCUACUUCACCAUCAACUUCAACAAAUACAAUUUCUAUGAAUCUGAAUCACGCGACGACGACGCAAAACUUUGCGUCUGACAAUGUAUUUGCAACACAAAAUACGACUUCCCGUGACCUUUUCAAUCACAAUUUCGUGCUCGGGAGUCUUCCUAUGAAUCCUAAUUACGCGAUGGCACUAAACUUUGCAAUUGGUAAUUUAUUCGGCAAUAUUCUACCCCAAAACACAAUCUCCGGUGACUUAUUCGCGUCCGGCGGUCUAAUCCCUCCAAAAAUAGCUCCUUUUGGCACUAGGCCGCGAACUUUCCCGUUGGGUAGUUUAUUUCGUUUCCGAGUUACACCGUCUUCUAUCGAAACGGUGCAACUCGGAAAACGGCGAAAAGGCCCGUUAUUUUACGAAGAGACUCAAUUCAAAGCACGAAAGAAGACAAAAAUAUCGCAUGAUUAA